UCUCUGCCCCCAGGGUCGGGCCUGCCCGGGGCGGUGCUGAGCACCCCAUGAGCGGCGCAGAGGCAUGGCCAGCGACGCCGGCAUGGGGGAGGCCCUGCUGCGCUGGAGGAGACCCCAGGACGCCGGCCAGGACGCCCGGGUGAUGGAGAGCAGCGGGGAGCUGGGACUUGUGGCCCCGGGCUACGGCCCCGGGCUGGAGGCGGAGACGGGGCACCCCUGGAGGGGCUCCGAGGGGGGCCCGGAGCCCGGCGGCAGGCUGGGCUGCCCCUACCCGCCGGCGUGCGCGCGGGACGCCCUGUGCCGCCCGCCCCGCGGCCCCAAGGACGGCACCGAGCUGCAGCCACGGCCGGAGCCCCGUGACGGCGAGCCCCGGGCGGGCUGGGCCGAGCCGGGCAAGGAGCGCCGGGGGCCGCGGUGGCCCGAGGCCGUGCUGGCCACGCCGCUGGCCCUCUACAGCCACGCGUACCGCCGCUACCCGCUGCACUUCGCCGGGCCGGAGAGCCAGCGCCCCGGCAAGCCCCGGUGCCUCGCCGAGCCCGCCGGUGCCGCAGGGGACGGCGACCCCCCGGCUUUCCGUCACUGCCCCUUCCUCGUGGAAGCCCAGCUGGCCGAGCAUGGCCCCUUCCUCGUGUCCCCGCUGCUGCCGGUGGAGCCGGUGUACGGCGGUGGGCUGGGCGGCGCGGUGCCAGACAGCACCGGGGCACUGGGCGCCGGGGGCUACCCCGCUGCCGACUGGCACCUGGGGCCCUACGUGCCGUCCUGGGGGCCGCCGCUCUACCUGAGCCCCCCGCCGCGGCGCAAGGCCGCCCCGGCCCCCUUCGACAGCCCCUCCAGCUCAGGGAACACGGAGUUUUACCCGAAAAAAGACCCCGGGUUGCACCUCCUGGCCGAGGACCACGUGCAAUCGCAGCUGCUCGGCAGGGGGACGAUGGGGCAGGACGGCGACGGGGAGCCGCCGGGCGCCGCGUGGAGGGAUGGCAGAGCCAGUGCCUGCCCGGCGGCACCCGAUCCCGAUGCCCCUGCCGGCACCGGCCACGCGGGACCCCCGCUCUUCUCGCUGCAGCCCAGCGUGCCGGGGGGCUCCUGGGCCGGCCCGCGGCCCCCCGCCGCGGAUUUCCCCCCGGAGCCGGCGCCGGGCAGGCCCUCCAAGCCCCGAGCCGAGAGCCUCCCGUACCAAAGCCUGGCGCCCGGCUCGCCGGCGGGCCCGCGGGAGCCCGACCCGUCGCCUCUGCUCAGCGCCGGGCCCUACCCGCCGGCCCUUUCCACCGCGGAGCCGCCGCCGGCGUGCCUCUGCGCUGCGCCGGGCCGCCAGCGGUGCCCGGGCCGCCGGGCGUUCGGCCCCUCGGCCACCCCGGCCGCGGCAGCACCGGGGCCGGACGGCGAGGCGGCUCUGGGCGCCCCGGGGUGCCGCUUCCCCGGCCCGCCCAGCCACCCGGCCAAGCUGAAGCAGACGUGGCUGACGCGCCACUCGGAGCAGUGCUCGCCGCGCGGCAAGGCGCUCCGGAGGGAGGCUCCCGAGGCGCCCGCCGACGGCAAGCGCUCGGCCAAGCGGCCGCACGGCGACGGGCCCCGGGGUGCCGGUGACGGUGCCGGCGCUGCCAAGCGGGGGGCGAAGGCUGCGGACCGUGCGGGCGCUGCGUGCGCCCCGGAGAGCCCGCCGGUCCCGGAGGAGAGGAAGACAGAGCUGGGGGAGGCAGGAGCGCGGGGCCGCGCGGGCCCCCGGGGGCGGCGGCGCCUGCAGAGCGUGCCCUGCACGGCCCUGCCCGCCGGCAUCCCGCGGUGCUGCGCCUGCGCCGCCCGCGCCCAGCCCGGCCCCGGGGCCCACGGCGAGGACGACGACCCCCCCGAGAGCGCCUGCAGGCUGCUGCACUUCCGCAGGUUCGCCUUCGGGGCCGGCGGGGAGCUGAGCGUGGAUGGCUUUUGCACCCUGGACGACGCGGAGGGGGAGAUGCUGCACCUGGAGGUCGCCGGCCGGGAGAGACGGAGCGAGAGCGCCGGCAGCAGCCUCUGCCUGGCCAAGUACCUGCUGUCGGUGCUGGGCGACCCUUUCUGCGAGGCUGUGCGGCGAGACAGGGAGGCUUGGCCGGGAACCCGCGGGGGCCACGAGCGGGUGACGGCCUGGCGGCGCGGGGAAGGAGCCCCCCAGCUCUGCGACGCCUGCCAGCGCGGCCUCUUCAACUCCCACUGGAGCUGCGCCAGAUGUGGGUUCCAGCUGUGCCCCGACUGCCACCGCGGCAGGAGGCAGGAGGCCGGCCAAGAGGAUGCGGCACGGCCGGCCGAGUGCAUCCCUGGGCAAGACCACGACGCCGGCUCCCUCGUCCCCACGCAGUUCGUCCCCACCCACGUGCUCGCCGAGCUCUGGAGGCUGCUGCACGAGGUCCGGGCCAGGUUCGACAUCAAGUCGCGCUGCCCCUGCGGGAUGGGCGCCGCGGACGGGGGGCCGGCGGAGGCGGCGGGGGGCAGGCAGGUACGAGGGGCCGAGAUGCCGCCUCUCCAGCCCAGCAGCAACGGCGAAGCGGAUGCAUCCAGGCCCAUCAAGGAAGAGAGCCCCGAGCCGGGGCCGCGCUCACCGGGGGGGCCGGCGCCGCGGGGGCCCGUGCAGACCGCCACGCUCUGCGACCUCCUCACCUCCACCGCCGUCAAGCUGUGCCUGGGGCACGCCGGCGUGCGCAUGGCCUUCGCGCCCGUCUCGCCCGCCCUGCCCAGCGACGCCCACCUCACCAGCAUCCUGGACAGCAUCAUCGCCCGCGUGGUGGAGAGGAAGAUCCAGGAGCGGCGGGCGGGCGGCGAGCCGAGCGGCCCCGGCAUCGCCGAGCCCCCGCCCUCCCACUGCCUGCUGGCGCCCGGCGGGCUGCUCUGGCUGCUCGACCCCAACCACGCCACCAACUACCGCCUCUUCCAGGAGCACUGGCGGCAGGGCCAGCCCGUGCUGGUCUCAGGGCUGCAGAAGACGCUGGACGGGCGCCUGUGGGGGCCGGAGUCGCUCCGGGCGGCCGGCGGCGAGCAGGAGCUGGAGGCAGUGGACCUGCGGGCACAGCCGGGCCGCGUGAGGAUCAGCAGCAAGGCGUUUUGGGACGGCUUCGCCGCCAGUGCCGCCUGCCCCGAGCCGGAGCGCGGCGGCGACCUGCUGAAGCUGGAGCGCGGCUUCGGCGACAUGCAGCUGUGCCGGGCCGCCAACCUGCGCGCCAGCCUGCCGCUGCUCGAGUACUGCGGGCCGCACGGCCGCCUCAACCUGGCCUCCUACCUGCGGGGCGAGCGGGGCCGCCGCUGGCUGCAUCCCCGCAUCUGCGUGGCCUACGGCGUGCGCCCCGAGGACAGGACCAUCGGGACCAAAAACCUGACGGUGGAGGCGGCCGACUCCGUCAGCGUGCUGGUGCACGCCGGGGCAUCGCCGCCCGACCGGCCGGGGCUGCUGCUGCGAGCCGCGGAGGACGGCGUGGCCGUGCCGCUGCAGGAGCGCCUCGGGGACGCCCGCAGCCGCCCCGGCGCCCUGUGGCACAUCUUCCGCGCCGAGGACGCCGGCCGCAUCCGCGACUUCUUGCAAAAGGCCUGCCGGGAGCAGCAGCGGGACGGGGCGGCCCAGGCGGAGCCCGGCGCCCGCCGCAGCCGCUACCUGGACCUCUCGCUGCGGAGGCGGCUGCGCGAGGAGUGCGGCGUCAGCGGCUGGACGCUCCUGCAGUUCCUCGGCGACGCCGUGCUGGUGCCCGCGGGGGCUCCCCACCAGGUGCAGACCCUCACCGGCACCGUCAGCGUGGAGCAGCGGUUCCUCUCGCCGGAGAACGCCGCCCGCCUCAGGGACCACAGCACCGGCCCCGCCGGGGCCGCACGCCGCCUCCGGGCGCAGAUGGACGGCAUGAUCUUCUCGGCGGUGCGCGAGGCCGUGGGCGUCCUGCAAGGCUGCAAGUAGGCGGCUGGAGCCGGCCGCGGCGGGGAGCGCGGUGCAGCGCGGCGCGGCGUGGCACGGUGCCCGGCGCUGCCGCCGGCCG